AUGAAGAUUUCCCUCUGCCUUGCUAUUUGCCUCCUUACCAUCGAAGCCACUGCCGGUGGUAUUCGUGGCGCUUAUGAGCGUAUGUUCGUCUGGUACGCUUAUCAGGCGGAGAUUGAAUAUGCUCGAGAAAAGCAUAAGACCUUCAGCAUCAAUAAUCUUCAAAUCUGUCCCAGGAAAGAAGGAAGUGGCAAAGAUCAGACCCUGACAUUUGGCGAAUUUCUUGAACUAAGUAACAGAAACGGUAACGCCCAGGGAGCGACUCCAAAACUUACAUCAAAAGGCACCCUGUGGAAGACGGCAGGUGCAAUUCUGGACUUACAAGGGCGAUAUGCAAUGAAACCUCGAUGGAAGACUCCGAGUAAUAUCGCCCCUUCCGCAAAAAAUAGCUAUACCGAUAUGCUAAAGGAAGUUGCCAAAGUAUUGGCCAAAUGCAAAAAGGAGAUGGGCAACGACGGGAGCAACGCCAAAUUGGCAUCAGGUGCUCUCAACGAACUUACUAAUUGGCGAAAGGCGGAUUACGACUUGCAUCGUGUUCCUGCUUUGAAGAAGGACCCAAAUUUCAAGAAAAUCGAGUGGGAGUUUUGGACGAUUCAAGUGCCCGGUGAGGAAAAGAAGAUGAAGAAUAUCUGGAACAAGCACAUCAAUUGGCAGGCAACAGCAGAUAAUGCUGCCAAUUCGUGGUAUGAGAAUAUUGCGGACAUCAAAAAACAUGUCCUCGACUGGGAGCGAAAUACAUACUUCCAAGGUCCCGAGGGUGCCAGGGCGAAAAAGCAUAAAAAUGCAAUUGCGGAGGUUCAGAAAGCUGUCGACAUCUCCAACAAUAGGCUCAGCUGCUGA